GGGGGGGGGGGCUGUCCGCGUAUAUUUAUAUAUAAGGUGCCGCGCGGCUGUCAGUUGUUGGGGGCACCAGCGCUCUGUUUGCAGGAUUGCUUAGAAAGAAGUCGCAUCCACUCCUAGUGACAACAUGUCUCACGCGUGGGGAUACGCCGCUAAUAACGGUCCGGACAAGUGGUCAGCCAGUUUUCCCAUCGCUGACGGUCCGCGGCAGUCGCCCAUCGACAUCAAUCCCGGCCUGGCGUCGUACGACGGCGCCCUCAAGCCGCUCAGCCUCAAGUACGACCCGGGCACCUGCUUGGACAUCCUCAACAACGGACACUCCUUCCAGGUGACCUUCAGCGACGACACGGACAGCUCUGUUCUGACCGGCGGGCCCGUCUCGGGGGUGUACCGGCUCAAGCAGUUCCACUUCCACUGGGGGGCUUCUGACGACAAGGGCUCGGAGCACACGGUGUCCGGGAACAAGUACCCUGCGGAGCUUCAUCUGGUGCACUGGAACACUAAAUAUGGCAACUUUGGCGAAGCUGCGAGCAAACCCGACGGACUCGCUGUGGUGGGAGUUUUCCUGCAGAUCGGUGAUGAAAACGCCAGUCUCCAGAAGGUUCUGCACGCCUUUGGUGCCAUCAAGACCAAAGGCAAGCAGACCACGUUCAAGGGCUUCGACCCGAGCAGCUUGCUGCCCUCUUGCCUGGACUACUGGACGUACGAUGGGUCCCUGACCACGCCCCCUCUGCUGGAGAGCGUCACCUGGAUUGUCUGCAAGGAUGCCAUCAGCGUCAGCUCGGCUCAGAUGGACAAAUUCCGCAGCCUGCUGUUCUCGGGCGAGGGCGAGCCCGAGUGUUGCAUGGUGGACAACUACCGCCCGCCGCAGCCGCUCAAGGGCCGCCAAGUGCGCGCUUGCUUCAAGUGAACGCCCAAUGCAAACUCACACAAACUGCGCCAUUGCAAUCAGACGUCAGGAAAUUUCCACUUAAAAUAUUCAGUGUUCCAAAUCCAAACUCAGAUGGCGCAGAUCUCCCUCUAGUUGCCCUUUUGACCUCCACACUAGCCUCUUUCUCCUACCUCCUUUUAGCCACGGCACGACAGUACGCACCAAAACUCACGUGUCUCCCCUCCGUCCAAUAUUCAUGCAAUUGUAUUUGUGUCCCGUGGAGCACUUAUCAGAUGUCACUUUACCGAACCAACGACUGGUCUAUGUGUCCUCCUGUGGAAAGAAAUUGAAAUGAAUUAUGUGUCAAAAAACAAAAGUGUGCAAUUGAGAUAAUAAUUUAAAAGAGAUGCAAAGAAGAAGACGAGAAGCUGCCAAGAGAUGAGAUGAGACGUUCAGGCGCUUCAUUUAAUCUCUCUAUUUCUGAACUGAUGUACUAAAGAGAGAUUGUAAUUCAAUUUUGAUGACAAAUUAGAUGCCUUAUUGUUUUUAUUUUGAUUGACGCCAGUGGUUGUUAAGCCCUGUUCAGAAGUUGUUUGUCUUAUCGUUAUUCUAUGAAAUGGACAUUCGACCAGUUACAUAAAAGUUUUGAAAGAA